AUGCCCCUCCAUCAUUUGAUGAUUGGUACCUGGACCCCGCCAGGUGCCAUCUUCACUGUCCAGUUCGACGACGAGAAGCUCAAAUGCAAGCUCAUCAAGAGAACAGAAAUUCCUCAGGAUGAGCCGAUAUCAUGGAUGACCUUUGACCAUGAGAGGAAGAACAUUUACGGCGCUGCCAUGAAGAAAUGGAGCAGCUUUGCCGUCAAGAGCCCGACUGAGAUUGUCCACGAGGCAUCGCACCCCAUCGGUGGUCACCCCAGGGCCAACGACGCCGACACCAACACGCGCGCCAUCUUCCUCCUCGCAGCCAAGCAGCCCCCCUACGCCGUUUAUGCGAACCCCUUCUACAAGUUCGCCGGUUAUGGCAACGUCUUCUCGGUCUCCGAGACCGGCAAGCUCGAGAAGAACGUCCAGAACUACGAAUAUCAAGAAAACACUGGCAUCCACGGCAUGGUGUUCGACCCGACCGAGACCUACCUCUACUCAGCCGACCUGACCGCGAACAAGCUCUGGACGCACCGCAAGCUGGCCUCGGGCGAAGUCGAACUAGUCGGCUCCGUCGACGCUCCUGAUCCGGGCGACCACCCUCGCUGGGUUGCCAUGCACCCCACGGGCAACUAUUUGUAUGCCCUGAUGGAGGCCGGCAACCGCAUCUGCGAGUACGUCAUCGACCCGGCCACGCACAUGCCCGUGUACACGCAUCACAGCUUCCCGCUGAUCCCACCGGGCAUUCCCGAUCGGGACCCCGAGACCGGCAAGGGCCUCUACCGCGCCGACGUGUGCGCGCUGACCUUUAGCGGCAAGUACAUGUUUGCUAGUUCGCGGGCGAACAAGUUCGAGCUGCAGGGGUACAUUGCGGGCUUUAAGCUCAGGGACUGCGGAAGCAUCGAGAAGCAGCUGUUUCUUAGCCCGACGCCGACGAGCGGUGGGCAUAGCAAUGCUGUUAGCCCGUGCCCGUGGAGUGAUGAGUGGAUGGCGAUCACGGACGAUCAGGAGGGCUGGUUGGAGAUUUAUCGGUGGAAGGAUGAGUUCUUGCAUAGGGUUGCGAGGGUACGGAUUCCGGAGCCAGGGUUUGGGAUGAAUGCCAUUUGGUACGAUUAGAUGGAAUGCUGUUCUCUCGUUUUGAUGUAGGAAUGAUGUUGGGUGUACCCCCCGAAGGAUGCGCAAGAGGUAAGUAGCGAAAGAUGCCUUACAUAUCAGCCAGUAACAACAUGCUUCUAUCUAUGAUAAUGAAAUU